ACCAUCAUCAUCAUCAUCAUUUGCAUCAUUCCAUAUAUAUUCCUCUCUCCCCCCACUAAUUUAUUUUUCAUUGAAUAAAAAAAUAAAAUACGAGAAAAACACACUUAUUUACAAAAAAAAAAACAUUCUAUUUUUAUGUGUCUCUCGUUGAUGAAUAUUAAAAAAUACAGUAGAAAAUGUAGUGGUAUUGUUGAUAAUAAUUGACGUUAAGAUAUUAAUAACAAUGAAAACGUGAUUGAUAAUAUAUAUAAUAAAUUAAUUCAUUAAAAUGAGCUGGUUAAGAAGUAGUCCAUUGAGAAAUAGUUUUGGUAAACAGUGGUCCAGAGAUUCACCACCAAAAGAUGCUGAUCCAAGUGCUUGUUAUGACAGUUUUUGUAAACAUUGGCAACAAACAUAUGAAAUAAUUAAACAGAUAAAUAAUGCAGUACCAAUACAUGAUGACAUACUGGCUGUUGUUAAUCAUAUUGAUCAAAUGGUAACACUAUUGUUAUUAGAAUUUAGAAAUACAAUUGGUUGUAGUCAUCAGCAAAAUUUAACAACAACUGCACCAUCACAUUCACCAUGUCUUGAGUAUUUAUUGAGUGAAAAUUUACUUGAUAUACUUUAUGAAUGGAGUAAAAAUGCUGGAAGAUAUAGUAACACAUUGAGAUUGGAACAAAUGAAAUUAUUUGAAAUACUUGUAUCAUAUAAUGGCUCAUUACUUGCUCAUGAACCAGUUGCUAGACCAUUACUUCUUCUUCUUGAAGCAUGUGAUAAUGAUAUACUACCAUCAGAUGUUGAAAAAAAACUAAUAGUAUUGCUAAAUACACUUUGUGUUGCUUUAAUGCAAAAUUUAGCAUUACUUGAUGUUUUUUUUCAUCCAACAGCUAAUGGAAAUAAAAAAUUUAUAAUAUUUUCAUUAUUAGUACCACAUGUACAUCGUGAUGGUGCAAUUGGUCAACAAACACGUGAUGCAAUGUUACUAUGUAUGGCAUUGUCUAAAAAAAAUCAUGAAAUUGGUGUUUAUAUUGCUGAAAAUUCAAAUGUAUGUCCUGUAUUAGCAACUGGAAUAAGUGGUUUAUAUUCAGUAAUACCGCGAAAACUUGAUAUUGAAACAGAUGAUUGGCAUAGAUUAACACCAGAUGAUGUUAAUGAUAUAUCAUCACUUGAUCAUUUAAUGCAUUCAUUUGAAUUUUGUAAUGCUGUUGCACAAAUAUCACAUCCACUUGUACAAAAACAAUUACUUGAAUAUCUUUAUCAAGGUUUUCUUGUACCAGUUAUGGGUCCAGCAUUAUUACAAAAUUCAUUAGAUGAUUUAGUAUCAGCAACAGCAUAUUUUGAUUUAUUUUUACGUUCAGUAACUGAUCCAGGCUUAUUACAUACAUUAAUAAAAUUUUUACUUGAAGAUAAUUAUGAUGAAUGUCGUAUACUUGAUAGUCUCAUACAAAGAAUAUCAUCAAGAUCAAGAUUAUGUAUUGUAACAUUAGCAUUAUUUGAAACUUUAGUUGAUUUAAAUUGUGAAGAUAUUAUGCUUGAAUUAUGUUUGUCAUCAUUAACACCAUGUUCACAUGUUAUGUUAUCACAAAGACGUCGUUUACGUGAUCAUGAUUCAUUUGGUUCAACAGCUAAAAAAUUUUUAUCAUUACGUCCAGCAUGUUGUUUAGAUGGAACAUGGUUACAUAAUUUUAUACAUCGUUCAUCAUCAAAACAAGAUAAAACAACAAAUAGUUUAAUGGUUAAUUAUGGUGCUAAAGUAACAGAAAGUUUAUAUGGUAAUUAUCAUGCAUAUUUAUUUGAUGCUAAACAAAAAAUAAUAUCAUGUCAAAUUGGAUGUUCAUAUUGGUCAUCAAAUUAUGAUGGUAUUAAUAAUACAGUUGAUGAUAUUGAUGGUGAUUGUGGUGUAUCAUCAUUAAAUACAAAUUAUUAUAAUAAAAAAUUAGCAACAGCAUCAGUUGUAUUAAAUAAAUUAUCAGAUGAUGAUGUAUUAAGUUCAGUUAAAUCACUUGUUGCUGCUAAUGAUGAUGAUGAUGAUGAUGAUGAAGAUUCAACAAAUAUAAAUGUCAAUAUUGAAGAUGAUAAUAUGACAUUUAAUAAUUUAUUAAUAUCUGAUAAUAAUGAUAAACUUGAUGCUGAUAUUGAUGAAUUAUUAAAUGAAGAAAUAAUAAUAUCAAAAUUAUCAGAUGAUAUAUUACGUAAAAAUUGUGAAACAAAUGUACAAAUUGAUUCAAUGUUUUCAUUGGAUGAUAGUAGUGGUUAUGAAAGUCUUGCAUUAAAAAAUAUUGAUGAUUUAACAAUUGAAAAUGAGACUGAUAAUAAAUUUGAUAAAAAUAAUAUAACAAAUAAUUAUUUAUAUAAAAAAAAUAAUGUUAUUGAUGAUAAUAACAAAUUAAGUAAACAAGAUUUAUAUAAUGGUAAACCAACUGUUGGAAUUUUUUUAGAUGUUAUUUUACGAAAACUUGAAACAAUGUUGAGUAAUAAUCUUUAUGUUAAUUUACAUUUAACUGGAUUAAUAAGUCGUUUAGCUGUUUAUAGACAGCCACUUCUUCAAUCAUUUUUAUUAAAUCCAUCAUUGGUUUUUCAGCCAAGUAUCAGAUCACUUUUUCAGAUAUUAGCAUCAUUGAAAAAUAAAAUUGAUCAACAUUUAUCUAAAGUUGAAAAUGUCGAUGAUUUAAUUGCCCAAGCGAGAAAUUUUCUCAUUGCCAGAGAGUACAAACUUGUUAAUGCCAGACGAAAUGCCAUUAACGUUAAUACAAGUGUUAGAAAAGAUACUGUUGUUACAGAUCCAUUUAUAAGAAAUAAAUCAAAACGAAAAAGUUUAACAACAUCAUUGAGUCAUCUAUUUAAAUGGUCAGGAGCAAGUAGUUUACAAAGUACUUUACAAAAUAACAGAGAAUCAGAUGAACAUCUUGAAAAUUCAAAUGACAAUAAUAUUGAAAACAGGUUUAAUGUUGAAGCAUCAUCAAUGAUGUCAUUACAAAAAACAACACCAACCCAGCAUGUUGUUAUUUGUGCAGUAUUGAUGGAUGAAUGGCUUAAAGAACUUGCAGCAAUAACACAGGAACAUCUGAGAGACUGAUGGAUUUUGAAUUCAACUGAUGUCAAUUAUCUAACGCACCAUGGAAAAAUUAAUGGAUCAUCAAAUUAUUCUAAAAUUAAAUACAAAAAAUAUGUUGCACAAUAUUUGUUAUAUUUACAAAAUUUAUAAGAGUAUAUUUAGUGUCUUCCUUCUUUUUUUUAUCCAACGAAUUAUUAAAUUUUUAAAAUACAUGAGUGAUAAUGAAGCCAAAUAUUAUUUUAGUUUUUACAAAGAGGCAAACCCCAAUUGAAUUUCUGGAUCUAGAAAAACAAUCACCUGAUUAGAAAUAUUUUUCAUCAAAUAAAAAAUAUCAUUGUUAAUUUGAAUAAAUGAAAAUUAAUUUAAUAAAAAUAAAUAUAUUUGAAAAAAAAA